GUGCACGCCUCAGAUCGCUGUGAGUUGAUUGUUAUGGGCUUGAGACAUAUCUCCAAAAGGAGCGAAUGGUGGGGCCAUGGCUGCUGGUGGGGCUACAGUUGGGGAAAGCCAACUCCAGAGGAUUAUCAGAGAUCUGCAUGAGGCUGUUUCAGAGCUCGCAAAAGAGUACAGGGAAAGUGGGGAGCCAAUCACAGAUGACAGUACCAAUCUACAUAAAUUCUCCUACAAACUAGAGUACCUGUUACAGUUUGACCAGAAGGAGAAGACCACAUUUCUUGGGACAAAAAAGGACUAUUGGGAUUAUUUCAAUGACUGUAUUGCUAAGAUCAAAGGAGCCAAUGAUGGCAUUCGCUUUGUCAAAUCAAUCACCGAGCUCAAGACAUCUCUUGGAAAAGGAAGAGCAUUCAUUCGCUAUUCCCUUGUACAUCAACGGCUCGCUGACACACUGCAGCAGUGCCUCAUGAACCAAAGAGUCACCAGUGACUGGUACUAUGCAAGAAGUCCUUUCCUGAAGCCCCACCUUAGUGUGGACAUCAUCAGCCACCUGUAUGAGCUCAAUGAGGUGCAGUUUGAUGUGGCCUCCAGAGGCCACGACCUUGAUGCCUCAUGGCCAACCUUUGCAAGGAGGACACUGGGAAGUGCAAAUUCUCCAGCUCAUUUAUGGAAACCUCCCAGUCGCACUUCCAGUAUUAACAGUCUGGCCAGCUCCUACUCCCAGCAAGCCCCCGAAUUCCCUUCCAGUCCUGACUAUGGUCAGAAUCUGCUAAAUGACCUGAAUGAGUCUCUGCCAGCCUGCAUGGAAGAUGUCAGUGCUGUUGAAGACCUACGUCUGGAGUUGGAUCAGUCUGAACUGAAGCAGCGAGAGCUUCUCGGCAAAGUGCAGCAGCUUGGCGAGGAGGCAGCCGAACUCAGACGAGUGGUGGUUGAGCUCCAAGGGCAACUGGAUGUGUCGCUUGCUGCUCAAGAGGCACAACAGGGAUUGCACGGUGAGCUGAAGGCUCUGCGGUGGAGGGAAGAAACUCUUUCCAGAGAGUUGGAAACACUAAGGCAGGAAGAAAAAUCCAGGGAGGCUCAACAGGUCUCGCUUCAGCAAAAGCUGACAACUGCUGAGGAAAGGAAUAUUGAGCUCAUGGCCAAGAUGGAUAGCGUCCUGAAUGAGAAAGGCCAUCAGGCAGCAAGUUACUUUGAUUCUGCCCAGAAGAUACAUGAUUUGCUGGACAGACUAAAAGAGGCAGAGAAAGGAAAGAUGGAAGCUGUGGCCGAGGUGGAUGAAAAAAGAAAACAGUCAGAACGGCUCGAGGAUGAGCUGAGAGUCAAAGAGGCUGCUGCAAAGGAUGGUGAAUCAAAACUUGGGGCUUUAGUCACGUCUCUGUCCGAGGAGAAGGCCAAGCUUGAGGCAGAAAUAGAAGAGCAGCGCAAUGCCUAUGACAAGCUGCAAGGCACCUUGACACUGAGAGAGAAAGAGACCAGCAACCUGCAGAGGCAGCUACAGGACCUGCAGAGAUCCUUUGAGGAGAAAGAUAAGGAGGUGGAAGAGGCAAAGCAGAGAGAAAAAGAAGACAAAGAGAAGAUGGAGAAGAAAGUUGGUGUCUUGAAAAAGUCUUUAGAAGAAGAAGUUACUGCGCUUACAGAGCAGCUAAUGCAGAAAGAAUCCGAGCUGAUCUCCAGCUGUAAGGCACUGAAGGAUUUAGAAGCCAAGAAUCAAAGUCUGACCACAGAGAAGGACAAACUGAACACGAGCCUUUCGGAGCUGGAUGGCAGCAUCAAAGAACAGGCCAUGAAAAUAGAAGAUUACAAAAUGCAGUGUACCAAUUUAAUGGAUCUAAAUGAGAAGUUGUUAUCCACAGUGAAGCGAAAUGAAGAGCUGAAGAAAGAGAUGGCAGAAAACAGAACAUGGCUGGAGGCUGAAUUAGCAGCAUUGAGGGCUUCUGAGAAACAACUGAGAGGUCAGCUGGAUGAUACCAAGAUGACAGUGGACGAAAAAGAGAAACGGUUACGUGAAGAAAACUGCAAGCUGGAUGAGAGUUUGCAGCGAGCCACGAUGGCGGCUGAGCUGUCAGAGACCACUGCAAAGCGACUGGAGCAGGAGAACCAGAGUCUGAGGGAGGAGCAGGACACUGUGAAAGCAGCUCUCAGCCGCAUGCAGGCUGAUUUGAAGAAUGUUCACGGGCAGAUUGGAGAGCUGGAGAAGAACUUGGGAGCCUCACGUAAGAAUGAAGCCAGUCUUCAGGAAGAGCUUCAAGCCAAGGUGCACCAGCUAGAGAGUAAAGAGGAGGACUUUGUUGAGUUGCAGUCCAAGAUAAAAGCUUUGGAGGCUAAGGAGAAGGAGCUUGAGGCUGCCAAAGCUGAUCUGGAGACGACCUGUGCGAAACAGACAGAAAUGAUUGAACUGGUGACAUCUGAGAAAAAUUCAAUUAAGAAGACGCAACUGGAGAGGAGUACAGUCCAAGCCAAGGAGAGCCAAGAGGUGUCUCGCAAACUUACCGUAGCUGAAGGACAAUUGGAAGUCACCAUGAAUGAAGUGUCUAAGCUCCAGGCAGAGGUGCUGGACCUCAGAGUGCAUCUGGCGAGAUCCGAUGAAGUGAAGGUGAAAGCCCAAGCACAGCUGGAAGUGACUGAGGCCCAGAGAGAUGAGCUCAGGACUCUGACUGAGCAGCUUCAGUCACAACUAGAAGCUCUCAAUAAGAAACAUGUAAAUGAACUGAUGGAAUGCAAAAAGAAAGAGGAGGCAAUCACUAAUCAGCGUGAUCGGGAAGUAGCUGCCCAUGCUGAAUUGUCCAUCUCUGCGGCUGCCCUCCGUGAAGAGCUAUCCACCCUGAAGGCUGAGAAUGACAGGUUGGUUUUGGAGAACAAUGAGACGCGUGAUGGUCUUCAUCGAGCGAACACCGAGAUGGCAGAGCUGGGGAUGACCAUCUGUAAGCUAAAUGCUGAGAAGGAGGCGUCGACAGAGCAUUGGGGAGCAAAUGCUGCUAAGACUGAGGAGCUAAUGAAAGAAGUUCAACAGCUGAAGGAGACUAUGGAGGAGCUACAAGUGGAGAAUGGGAAAUUAAAAGAGGAACUCAUACAGAAGAAUACACUUCCAGGAACUGUUAAGGAGCUCCAGAAACAGCUGGAAAAGACAAAGAACCAAGUAAAGACCAUUAAGGACUCCAGUCGAGAAGAGAUUGAGGGUCUCAAGUUCCAGAUGAGCUCAGAAAGCAUGAACAGUGAGGUCCUGGUAAAGAGUUUGAAUGAACAGCUGGCCAACGUCAAAGCACAGCUGGGAGUGGAGCUCAAGAAUGUAUCCAGCUUGCAAGACAAAGUUUCUGACCUUGAGACCGAGAAUGAGCAAUAUUUGCAGCUGACUGUGGAGAAAGAUGCUCACAUCACAAAGACAGAAGCCAUGAUUCGUGACAGUGAUAACGAAAUUCAGCAACUGAGAGACACAUUGACCAAGGCAGAAGAAGAGCGCUCGGAAGCACAAAAACUCUGUGAGAACUUGGAACAGAAACUGAACAUGACUGAAGCAGACCAAAAAACGCAGUUAAUCAAAAUGACUGCAGAGAUUGACGACCUCAACAGAACCAAGACCAACCUGGAAGAACGACUCAUAGAACUCAUUAAGGACAAAGAUGCUCUGUGGCAGAAGUCUGAUGCCCUGGAGUUCGAGCAGAAACUGCGAGCAGAGGAGCGCUGGUGGUUGGUGGAUAAGGAGGCCACAAACUGUCUGGACUGCCAGAGCCAGUUUACCUGGUUGCUGCGCAGACAUCACUGCAGGCUUUGCGGUCGCAUCUUCUGCUACUACUGCAGUAACAACUUUGUCAUGACCAAGCAAAGUGGGAAGAAGGAGCGCUGCUGUAAAGACUGUUACACGCAGCACAGUGCGGUGGAAGAGAGGUUCACAGACGCAGAGCUGAGUCCAUCUGAUGUGCAGCCCCCUCCUCCGGGCGCUGGACCUCAGCCUCCUCCUGAACCAGCUCCCUAUAAACCCACUCCCCGAGUAACAGUUUCAGACCCCAGUCCAAGAUCUGAUGAUGGCGCUUUCGAUAUCAUCACAGAAGAGGAGGUGAACGGCGUCUAUGAUAGCGACGCCGCCUCUCAGACCACAGGAGGCUCCCUGGAAGGAGAACAAGACCGACAGCAUCCAGGACCACUGAAUAUAGGCGUUGGAGAUGUGACCCCUGAUGAGGAACAGGUUCCCACUGUCCAGGAUUCUGAAAUUCACUUACUCAAAUCCGGAGAAAUCACGAUGGACGUCCCACUCAGCCUGGACGAUAUUUCCCAGUUUGUUGAUGGUUCGAAGGAGCUCUUCAUCAAGUCCAGCUGUUACAGCACCAUCAGUGUUGUUGUAGGUGACAGCGGGCCAAGCAUCAGCUGGAUAUUUUCCUCUGAGCCCAAGAGUAUCUCCUUUAGUGUAGUUUACCGGGAACUCAUGGACACACCAGUGGAACAGUCAAAGGUCCUAAUUCCUCUGACUCGCUGCAAUUCCCAUAAAGAGAAGAUACAGGGACAGCUGAAAGUUCGACAUCCAGGCCUCUACACACUUAUCUUUGACAACUCCUUCUCAAGGUUCAUUUCCAAAAAGGUCUCCUACCAUCUGACGAUGGAGAAACCUGUGAUCUACGACGGGAGCGACUGUCCCUGAAGUUUCACACCAGAGCUCUAAGGCAUUAACAUCAAGUUGAGGUGGCUAAAGGGAAAUUGACAAGGAGGCCCUUCAAUGAUCUUUAUAUUUCUUUCAAUUUCAGAAACCAAGUAGUUAAUGAUCCAAAAACAUAUUUAUAAUUUAAAUCAGUGGUUUUGGUCUUUUCAGAUUUGCUCUUGUUUGACAUGUGGCCUGAGUGAUUGUGGUAGAUUGUGUGUUUUACAGGGAAAUGAAAUUAAAUCUUUAUACAAUUUUUUUUUUUUUGUAGCCACCAAGUACUACACAAGCUUUUACCUAAUCAAGCUUAGCAUGUUUUAUAUGGAGAGUUUUUAGUUUCUUCUAGAGUGUCGGUCUAAGUUUUUUCCUUUCUCAGAUUCAUUUGUAACAUUGGGGAAUUUGAGUUGCUGCAAGUAACUCUGGCAAUAUGUGGAAAAAAGACUGAACCAAUGACGAAGAUCCAGGAAUAUUUAACUUAUUAAAAUGCUCUGCCAGUUUUAAAUGUUUUUUUUAAUUCAUGGCCAUAAAAGCAGAAGUGCAAUUAGAAGCUUUGUUUGACAUUUAUUUGAUAAGAGUGAAAUUAUUUUUUGUUUGUUUGUUUCUGCACUUGGUCAGUGCAGAAAAGAUUCAAGCUAGUGUGAUCAAUUAAAAAAAGUACAACUUCCACUCUGUAAAGAAGCAUUUGCACUUGAAGUAAAUCAUAGGAUUGGGAAAUGCAAUUGCUCUCCAUUGGUAUCAUGUGCUGAUAAUAUUUCUGGAAAAGUAAAAAUGAGCCUUUUGCAACCGACGUUUUUCAUCCAGAUCUGACAGCGUCUUAUAUGUGGUCAGACUGACUUUGUGCUAAACCAUGUGAAUGACUGUCUAUUGAUGAGCUAUUGUACUUUAAAAGUGCCUAAUUAUUCUGACUGCCAGGGAUUAGUUUGCUAUUUUGUAACUGUACUUCACUCUUUGUUAUCCGUUCAGAAAGCAACAUUUGGUAUGAAUCAUUCAGGAAAAGACUAUUUCUGUUAACACUUAAAUCAUAUUAUGCAUGAUGAUGUGACUUCGAGGUAUCUUUAUCGGAUUUAUGUUUUAUUUUCAUUUUUUGGAAUCAUUUUGUCAUUCGGAAGCAAAUCACUUCAGAUUUUCUUGUUCUUUUGAUCUGACGGGUUUCAAUAUUGCCUGGUGUUUGUCACUGUUUAUGUUGUUUUGAAAACGAAGCAACAAGGACAAAAAUGAUUUAGGUCACUUUUGGACACAACUCUACAUUAAUCAGUGAAAUGAAAAUGCUGCUUUUGUACAAGUCUGCGCUACAGUCAGAUUCUUUUCUGUCUUUGACAGGUGUAAAGUACUGCAUGCAAAUCUUCACAUUUACUCUGAACAGUUGCACUUUGAUACAUAUUUUUAAAAUGGUUACAACCAAUGUAAAACCUGCUUGGUUUUUUUAUAUGAUUAACAAACGAGCAGACUUUUAUAUUUUCUGUUUUUGAAGGAUUCUUCGGGGGUAAUAACAUAUGCACAAAUCAUUGCAACAGGAAGUGAGAGAUCUGUCACACACCCAGCAAACCUGAAUAAAAUGUGAGAGUGACGUCUCUGAUGUCCUCUGAA